GUAACAACAACAAGCUAGCAACAAUUUCUUUUGUCGUUUAAACUACCGAGUUAUUUUUUUAUCAUCACGGACAAAGCCUAUUUUCUAUAACAACCACAACUCAACAAUAUUUUGUUAAUAACACGAUAGUAUAUAAAAAUGGGUAAAGCACCACAAAAGAACUUUUUUGCCACCAAGGAUUUGACCAAGGUCAAGUAUUUGGCAAAGAAUACUGCUCAAGAAAGACUUCAAUUAUCUAGAGCAAACUUUAGACACAUGCUCAUUCUGAAAGGUAUUCACCCUAAAGUCCCAGAGAAAAACGUAAAGGCUAAAAACGCUACUAAAUAUGCAAAGGAUAAAACUUAUUAUUACAAGAAGGAUAUUAACUUUAUUGCUCACGAUCCACUGAUUGAUAAGUUGAGAGAAUAUAAAACAUAUUUGAGAAGAGUUUCCAAAGCUAAAGGAAGAGGUGAUAUUGAACAUUUUGAACGUUUACAGGAAUUGGAACCAGAAUUCACUUAUGACCAUCUUGUAAAGGAAAGAUAUCCAUCAUUCCAAGCUGCUCUUAAUGAUUUGAACGAUUGUUUGUGCAUUUUGUUCAUGUUCACUCAAUUACCAGCUGGUUUGGGUAAAGUUACUGCUGAAAUGUCAGAAAACGCCAAGAGAUUGUGUGAUGAAUUUUGUUCACUUGUUUGUCAAACCAACAGUUUAAGAAAAGUUUUCCUUUCAUUUAAGGGUAUUUACUAUCAAGCUAACGUUCAAGGUGUUGAUGUCACUUGGAUUGUUCCUUAUGAUUUCCCACAAGUAAUUCCAGAAAAUAUUGAUUUUAACAUUUUCAGAAGUUUCAUGCAAUUCUACAUUACCCUCUUGACAUUUAUCAAUUACAAGUUAUAUUUCGACAAUAAUAUGGAAUAUCCACCAAACUAUACUACAAAGAAUGAUAAAUCAUACUUGAUUGAUCUCCCAGAAGAUGAAGAAAUGAAGGAAAAGAUUGAUUUGAGCUCUGUUUCUGGACCUGCUGUUGAAGGAGAAGAAGAAAAUAAGAAAUCCACACCAGAGGAAGUUUUCAUGAAGAAGUUUAAAGGAAUGUUCAAAGGAAUGGUCUUUUACUUCUCUAGAGAAUGUCCAAAGGCCUCUUUAGAAUUUAUUGUUAAAUCAUUUGGAGGAGAAUGUGGAUGGGCUUCGGAAGAUUCUCCAUUUGAUGAAACCUAUGAUAAAAUUACACAUAUGGUUGUAGAUAGAAAGGUUCCUGCAGAAAAGAUGAUCAAGGAUCGUGAAUAUGUUCAACCUCAAUACCUUUUUGAUAGUGUCAAUGCAAUGAUUAAAUUACCAGUUGAACCUUAUGCUCCUGGUAAGAAACUCCCACCUCAUCUCUCUCCAUUUGUUGAAUAUAAGAAGGAUACAUACAUGCCAAAGUAUGCCGAAGAAAUCAGAUCUAUGGUUGAAAAGGAAUUGAAAUUAAUCAAGAGACAAUACCAACAAGAUGUGGAAGAUGAUCAGGAAGAAGCUGAAGUUUUGGAAGAUCUUGAUGAUGACAGUGAUGAAGAAGAAGAUAGACACCAAAUUGAAUUCAUGGCUGAAAUGGAAGGUAAAAAGUUUACAGAUGUUCAACAAGAAUUGGAGAAGUCCAAGCAAAAGUCAAAGGACGAAGUUCAACUUCAAAAGUUGUCCAACAAACCAAAGAACAAGAAGGAAGAAAAGGAACAAGAGCAAAUUGAAAUGCGUAAGCUUAUGGCCUCAAGAAAGAAGCGUAAGCUUUAUGAAUACAUUAAGAAGCUCCAAAGAGGAAAGAAUGCUUACAAUAGACAAUUAUUACAACGAAGGAUGAAAUUAGACAAAGAAGGUGCUUCAAUUGAGGAAGGAGAAACAGAAGAAACCAUGCAAGAUGAUGUCGAAGAAGAAAUUACAAGAAAAUCAGCUCCAUCCAAGUCUGUGACAUCGAAAAAGAAUGUUAAACAACAAGAUUCUGAUGAUGAAGAAGAUGAUGCUGUUUUAAAUCAAUUUGCUGCCGACAGCGAUGAUGAUGGUGACGAUGUUGAACUUGUAUAAAUUAUCAUUUAAAUUUU